GAGAGAGAGAGCGCUAGCGGAAGAUCCAUUGCAAACCGGCUAGCUAAAGCUCAUCUCAUCUCUCUUGUACACACACAACAGGCAAGGUAGAGAGAAACACAGCCCCAGGAUCUUGCCUGCCUGCCUGCCUGUCUGCCUGCCCGUGCAAAACCAGGAUUUUGUGUUACUGAAAUAUCAAAUUUACUGCACACUGCAUCAGCGAUUGCUUCCUGCAGCUGCUUGAGAGAAAGUGAGCAGCACUACGGAGCUGAAGAGCGCUAGAGAGAGAGAGAGAGAGAGAGAGGGAGAGAGAGAGCACAUUGUUGUGAAUUAUGUAUAGCCCUGGAGUGACUCUGGCGCAUACAGCACCUUUAGCAUCCCGGAGCAGAAGCAUGGAGGCAUUGUGCUAGGAGGAGAGAAAAAGAAACGAGAAUAAAAAAUAAAUAAACUGAAUUAGAUAUUUCUUUCGGUGGAGGAGAGUGUGUGAGAGAGAGAGGGCUUGAGCUCCCUGGAGCGCACCUGUCUUCGGUCCUCCCGUUGAUGUGUUUAUCGUCUGUCCGCUGGGAAGGGGACAGCGUCCGCGGGCAGCAUGGCACAAGCGGCGAAGCAUCUCCGCAAGAACAAGGAUAUCGAGGCUCUCGCCGCUCAGGAGCUCAAAGAGAAGGAGGACGAGAAGAAGACCCGAAGGAACCGGUCCCGGGAUCGCAAACGCAAGGGUUAUGCUGUCCAGCGAUGGCUAAUGGAGCAGGAAGGUAGUCUGUCGGGGGCUGAGCUGCCUGAUGACUGGGAAAAGCUCUUUGAAACAGCUGACGCCUCUACAAGUUUACUCCGUGCUGCCCGCUCAGGGAAUCUGGACAAGGCUCUCGACCACAUCAAGAAUGGAGUGGACAUCAACUCAGCCAAUCAGAACGGGCUCAACGGGCUGCACCUGGCGUCCAAGGAGGGGCACGUCAAGAUGGUGCUGGAGCUCCUGCACAACGGAAUCGCACUGGAGACCACCACCAAGAAAGGCAACACUGCCCUCCACAUAGCAGCGCUGGCCGGGCAGGAGCAAGUGGUCACCGAACUGACCAACUACGGGGGCAACGUGAACGCACAGUCCCAGAAGGGAUUCACACCCCUCUACAUGGCUGCACAGGAGAAUCACCUGGAGGUGGUCAAGUUCCUGCUGGAGAACGGAGCCAAUCAGAACAUAGCGACCGAGGACGGCUUCACCCCCCUGGCCGUGGCUCUUCAGCAGGGCCACGAGAACGUGGUGGCUCUGCUCAUUAACUACGGGACGAAGGGCAAGGUGCGGCUGCCAGCGCUCCACAUAGCCGCUCGCAACGACGACACGCGCACCGCCGCAGUGCUGCUGCAGAACGACCCCAACGCAGACGUGCUCUCCAAGACUGGCUUCACCCCCCUGCACAUCGCAGCUCAUUAUGAGAAUCUGAAUGUGGCUCAGUUACUUCUUAACAGAGGAGCCAGCGUCAACUUCACCCCUAAGAACGGCAUCACCCCUCUGCACAUCGCGUCCCGGAGAGGGAAUGUGAUCAUGGUGAAGCUGCUGCUGGACAGAGGGGCACAGAUCGACGCCCAAACCAAGGACGAGCUGACCCCUCUGCACUGCGCCGCGCGGAACGGACACGCGAGAAUCAUCGAGAUCCUGCUGGACCACGGGGCCCCCAUCCAGGCCAAGACCAAGAACGGCCUGUCUCCCAUCCACAUGGCAGCGCAGGGAGACCACAUGGACUGCGUGCGCCUGCUCCUCCAGUACAACGCAGAGAUCGAUGACAUCACCCUGGAUCACCUGACCCCGCUGCACGUGGCCGCCCACUGCGGAAACCACCGCAUGGCCCGGGUGCUGCUGGACAAGGGUGCGAAGCCCAACGCCCGCGCGCUGAACGGAUUCACUCCCCUGCACAUCGCCUGCAAGAAGAACCACAUGAGAGUGAUGGACCUGCUGCUGAAGCACUCGGCAUCGCUGGAGGCUGUCACCGAGUCGGGUCUGACCCCUCUGCACGUGGCCUCCUUCAUGGGACACCUCAACGUCAUGAAGAUCCUCCUGCAGCGCGGCGCCUCCCCCAGCGUAUCCAACGUGAAAGUGGAGACCCCUCUGCACAUGGCAGCGCGCGGGGGGCACGCGGAGGUGGCCCAGUUCUUACUCCAGAACAAGGCCCAGGUCGAUGCCAAGGCUAAGGAUGACCAGACCCCGCUGCACUGCGCGGCACGGAUGGGUCACAAGGAGCUGGUGAAGGUGCUGCUGGACCACAAGGCCAACCCGAACGCGGCCACCACGGCCGGGCACACGCCCCUGCACAUCGCCGCCCGCGAGGGCCACGUGGCCACCAUUCAUGUCCUGCUGGACGCAGAGGCGCAGCAGACACGCAUGACCAAGAAAGGGUUCACCCCCCUCCACGUGGCAGCGAAGUACAAGAAAUUGGAAGUGGCACAACAGCUGCUGGAGCGAGGAGCCAACCCCAACGCAUCGGGCAAGAACGGACUGACCCCUCUCCAUGUGGCUGUGCAUCACAACCACCUGGACGUGGUGAAGCUCCUGCUCAGCAAGGGAGGCUCCCCACACAACAGCGCUCGGAAUGGCUACACUCCUCUCCACAUCGCCUCGAAGCAGAACCAGCUUGAGGUGGCCACCAGCCUGCUGCAGUUUGGAGCCUCAGCUAACUCGGAGUCCCUGCAGGGGGUGACCCCGCUGCACCUGGCAGCGCAGGAGGGGCGCCCCGACAUGGUGGCCCUGCUCAUCUCCAACCAGGCCAACGUCAACCUGGGCAACAAGAGCGGGCUGAUUCCUCUUCACCUGGUGGCUCAGGAGGGUCACGUUCCCAUCGCAGACAUGCUGGUGAAGCAGGGGGCCUCGGUCAACGCAGCGACACGGAUGGGCUACACCCCCCUCCACAUCGCCUGCCACUAUGGGAACAUCAAGAUGGUGAAGUUUCUUCUGCAGCAGCAAGCCAAUGUGAACGCCAAGACCAAGGUGGGCUACACCCCCCUGCACCAGGCUGCUCAGCAGGGACACACAGACAUCGUGACGCUGCUUCUGAAGCACGGGGCGUCCCCCAACGAGAUCACCUCGGUCGGCACCACAGCCCUGGGCAUCGCCAAGCGCCUUGGCUACAUCUCCGUCAGCGACGUGCUGAAGCUGGUAACCGAGGAGACGACCCCAGUGAGCACCACCGAGAAGCAUCGCAUGAGCUUCCCAGAGACAGUGGAUGAGGUUCUGGAUGUUUCGGAGGACGAAGGGAUUGCACAGCUAACUCUAGGAGAGGAGCUGCUGGGAGGGGAUGGAGCCAAGUACAUGCAGCUGGAUGACCUCAAGGACCAGGAUGAUGACUUCCUGUCCCCCAAGAAGACGGUGGAGCUUGAGAGCAGGCUGCCGACAUAUUCCCCGGUCCUUCCCAGAAUCCCCUGCGUGUCCCCAGAGACGGUCAUCCUGAAAGAACAGGAUAUGGUUCACAUGGAGCAGCAAACCCCGGUGCCCCCCCUGCCCAAGGAAUAUGACGAGGACUCGCUGAUCCCCAGCAGCCCAGCCACCGAGACCUCGGACAACGUCAGCCCUGUGGCCAGCCCAAUACACACUGGCUUCCUGGUCAGUUUCAUGGUGGACGCUCGCGGAGGGUCGAUGCGCGGCAGUCGACACAACGGUCUGCGAGUGAUCAUCCCGCCCCGGACCUGUGCGGCCCCCACCCGCAUCACCUGCCGCCUCAUCAAACCACAGAAACUCCCCACCCCGCCCUCCCUGGUGGAGGGGGAGGGGCUGGCCAGCCGCAUCAUAUCCCUGGGGCCGGCUGGAGCACACUUCCUGGGGCCUGUGAUUGUGGAGAUCCCUCACUUUGCCUCUCUGGGCCAGGGGGAUCGGGAGCUGGUGGUCCUGCGCAGUGAGAACGGCUCCAACUGGAAGGAGCAUCGCAACAAAUAUGGAGAGGACCUGCUGGAGACCAUCCUGAACGGCAUGGACGAGGACCUGGAGAGUCAGCAGGAGCUGGAUAAGAAGAGGGUCCGCCGGAUCAUUUCCAUGGACUUCCCGCUGUACUUGGCUGUGGUGUCCCGCGUCCAGCAGGCCUGCGAUAUGAUUGGACCGGAGGGGGGCGUGCUCAGCAACAAGCUGAUCCCAUUGGUCCAGGCCACCUUCCCAGAGACAGCUGUGACCAAGAGAGUGCGGCUCGGCCUGCAGGCCCAGCCUGUGCCAGAUGAGCUGGUGACGAACCUCCUGGGUAACCAGGCCACGUUCAGCCCUGUGGUGACGGUAGAGCCUCGCAGGAGGAAGUUCCACCGGCCCAUCGGCCUUCGCAUCCCGCUGCCCCCCUCCUGGAGAGAGAACCCGCGCGACGCAGGGGAGGGGGACACCACCAGCCUGCGCCUGCUCUGCAGCGUCAUCGGCGGCACUGCCCAGGCUCAGUGGGAGGAUAUCACAGGAACCACCAAGCUGAUGUACGCCAAGGACUGUGCCAACUUCACCACCAACGUGUCGGCACGGUUCUGGCUGGCGGACUGUCCCCGCACGGCCGAGGCGGUGAGCUUCGCUAACCUGCUCUACAGGGAGCUGUCAGCCGUGCCCUACAUGGUCAAGUUCGUGGUGUUCGCCAAAAUGAACGAGGUGCGCGAGGGUCGACUGCGCUGCUACUGCAUGACUGACGACAAGGUGGACAAGACUCUGGAGCAGCACGAGAACUUCACUGAGGUGGCACGCAGCCGGGACAUAGAGGUGCUGGAGGGAAUGCCGCUCCACUUGGAGUGCUCCGGGAAUCUGAUCCCGGUUCGGAAAGCCACUCAGCAGCCCCGCAGCUUCAGCUUCCAGGCGUUCCGGGAUAACCGGCUCCUCGUGUCCGUCAAGGUGCGAGACAGCAGCAAGGACCCCUCGGGAUUCCUCUCCUUCCUGCGCAAGCCCACCAAGUAUGAGGACAGCCAGCACGUGCUCUGCAACCUCAAUAUCACCAUGCCGCUCUGCAGCAAGGUGGCGGGGAGUGAGGACAGGAGACGUACUCUUACACCGCUGGCCCUGAGAGAGCGGUACAGUGCCCUGAGCGAGCCCACCAUGGCCUCAAAGAGUGCGAUGGAGCGGACAGAGUUGAAAAUGGCUCUAAUAUCGGAGCAGCUGGGACUCAGCUGGGCAGAGCUGGCUCGGGAGCUGCAGUUCAGUGUGGACGACAUCAACAGGAUCCGAGUGGAGAACCCCAACUCCCUGCUGGAGCAGAGCGCCGCCCUGCUGAAUCUGUGGGCAACGCGCGAGGGCAAGAGAGCCAAGAUGGAGAGUUUAUACACAGCCCUGAAGAGCGUUGACCGCACAGACAUUGUUAACAUGCUGGAGGGCUCUGGACCGCAGCCUCGCGGGCUGAAAGACAGCCGACGCUACACCGAGCGAGACCAUCUGCUGUCCCCCUCCAUAAUGAACGGUUACUCCCUGGUUCAGGAGGAGCUCCUGUCCCCUGCCUCCAUGCAAUACAUCCUGCCGUCGCCGCUGAGCACUGACACCUACUGGCAGGAGGUCUCCAGCAUGGAAUGCGCCCCCAUCGCAACCACGGAGGAGGACACGCUGAUGGAGAUGUCCGAGGUGCAGGUGUGGCCCCGGGGGUACAGCCCCUCGCUGGUCCCCGUGGAGGACUCGUCCCUGGAGUGCAGCAACGCGGAGGACUCGGACGCAGGGCAGGCCGGAGCGGGAGGGGGCUCGCUGGACCUGCUGGAGGACGAGGCGGUGGAUGAUUCGGACGGGGCUUUCAACGGGUUGGACCGGGGUCAGAGGUCACAGAGCAGGAGGGCGGAGCAGGAGCAGGAGCCGCAGGCCGCAGCCGCAGCAGGACAGAGUACCAAGGAUGGGCUUUCUCUCGUUUCAGGACAGCAGCGGGUCUACGCGCGGCUCAGUGACUCCCCCGGACUUAGUAGGGUGGCCGAGAGGAACGGAACGGAGAGGUCUCGGGAGACCCCUGCUGGGGGCUCGUUCCUCUCUUACCUGCAGGAGCAGCCCCUGUCCUCGUGGCAGCCCCCCCCUGAGUUCUCACAGAGCUGGGUUCAGCAGCAGCAGCAGCGCGUGGCCGACUCGAUGAUGUCACCGGUGCGUGCCGUGGACCCCAGCCAAUCACGCGUCUCCCAGGAGUCCCUGCUGCAGCCAGUCCGGGACAUGGGCCACUCGGAGAUCCUGCGAGGUCACUUCCUGUCCGCGCAGCCCUUAGACAAGGGGCUGGGCAUCCAGCAGAGGAGCUGGGUGGGAGCAGGGCAGGGAGAUGAGGUCGAGGACAUUCCAGGAGGGCAGUUCAGCGAGGAGCAGUUCACAGACGAGCAUGGGAACAUCAUCACAAAGAAGACCGUGCGGAAGGUGGUGCGUCGGAUGCAGGGGGAGGAGCCGGGCGAGCAUGAGGUCAGUGUGGAGCGGUCACUGCAGGAGCCGGCAGAGCUGGAGACCGAGGCAGAGCAGUUCAUGAACUACGCCAUCCUGAGGAGGGACAGCAGCAACAAGUCGGAGGCGAACGAGGGGAAGAAGGGUGCUCAGAUUGUGAAGCGUGCCAGUCUAAGACGGGUGAAGCAGUGAGGCGCACCCUGACCAGGAUCUCACGUCCACCCCCAAAGCAUCGAACACAGAUGAGUGACCCGAGACAUGAAGAAGUAGUAAAACUAAAAAGAAACAGGGGUGGGGAACCCUGAAAAAACAAACAAACAAACAAACAAACAAACAUUUAAUUGGAAAUCAACUUGUAGUUUUGUUACUUUUUUUAAAGAAAAAAAUAGGCUAGAGGCAUGAUUUCUUAAAACAGAGAGCUUCCUGUUAUCUUUAUCAGCAUGACCGACUGCCAAAGCAUGACCUGUGACUACCCUAAUGCCCGAGGGUAUGGUGGGGAG